CUAUUGGAGUCAGAGAUGUGUUAUUUUCCUAUAUUUGCAUACGAGACACUUCAUUGUUGUAUCCUGGCGUGAUCGAAUUCUACAAUGGCUGACGACGAGGAAACCGAAAUUAAAGCAACAACUGUGUCUGUCACCAAGGUGCUUAGAUUCUCCUGCGCUUUUGCAGCAAAAUGACAUUCAAACCUUUGCCCUUCGUAUUAAAAACUUUGACACCAGAGAUGGAGAAAAAAGCGACUUUAGAACUCGGAGAGACUCCUGAAGUAAAACAAAAUUCACUAGAAGAAUUGAAGAGGCUCAUUAGAAAAAAAACUGGUUUCGAGCCUUUCAUGGACAACAUCUUUCUUUUAUCAUUCCUUCGAUGGAAAAAAUUUCAUAUUGAGAAAGCAUUUCAAGCUCUCUGUAAUUUCUAUUAUCUUAAGGAGAAAUAUUCUGGUGUGUAUUUUGACAUCAAGCCUUCAAAGCUGAUACACGUACUACAAAUGAAUCACUUGACGAACCAACCAUUGAGAGAUCCUGACGGUUGCAAUGUGGGGAUUCUGAGACCAGGCUACCACGAUCUCAAAGUUGCAACACCUGAGGAGCUAUAUGCUACAAUUAUGUGUAUGUGGCUAGCUACAAGUGAGAUGGAAGCUUUCCAAAUUUGUGGUGCCGUUUUGAUAAGCGACUGGAAGGAUCUAUCAUACGAGACAUUUAAAGUGCUAGCGAAUCCCCGCCGAAUCUACUUUGCUAUUGAAGUUUUGCGCUGCCUUCCCUCCCGAGUUAAAAGUAUACAUAUGGUUAAUGUACCGAGUUUUUUCAAUAUUUUCUACAAUUUGAUAAAAAUCUUGCUUCCACAAAAGAUCUUAAAAAGGGUGUUUGUUCAUACUAGUGAUUUGACAGAAUUUCACAAGCUUGUGCCACCCGAAAUUCUUCCAGAAGAACUUGGCGGAACUUUAGGCCCUAUAAAUAAUAAUAAACACUACAUACCAUUUUUUCUUAAUAAAGAGCAUUAUAUUGAUCAGGUAAACAAAGGUGGAAUUGAGGUAAAGCACUGAAAAGACUGUGCUAAAUGAAUUGAUAAUGAAUAGCAACAAGAAGAAUAAAAAGCAUUCCUAACAUAAUCAUCUCUCCAAGUAGAACGGUGCUUUGGAAUGAUUGCCACUUGUUAAGAAAUUUUAAUGCAUUCAUGCUCCUUUUUAUACAUUUGUAUACGUUCUGUAUUAAUAAUUAAUAUUCUGUCAUAUUUUUAUACUAUGCGAAGUUUGUGUAAUAAAACGAAAGAAUCAACAUUAAAAAAGUGCAAAUUUUAUCUGUAA